CUGAUAAUAGUGGGCUUUGUAUCCAUCUUCACAUACUUCAGUCAGGUUUGGGAUGCAGAUCGUCAACAAGUAUGAAGUGAAAAACAGCAUUGGCCAGCAGAUCUACACUGCCAUUGCAAAGAGUAGCAAAUGCUACCGAAUCAUCUGUGGGAAUCAGCGUCCGUUCAAAGUUUGCGUUCAGGACACUACGGGCACUGACGCUAUGUACUUCAAGCGGCCUUUCCGAUGUUCCUGGUUCUGUUCUCCAUGCUGCCUAGAGAAGUUAGAAGUUCAAGCUCCAACUGGUGAACCAAUAGGAUAUGUUGUCCAAAAAUGGCAUGCAUGUUUGCCGAAGUUUAUUAUUCAAAAUAAAAACAGAGACACUGUUCUAAGGAUCCGUGGCCCAUUUUCACUUUAUGGCUGCUGCAAUUCUUUCAACUUUAAGGUACGUAUUUUUCUAUAA